CUAGAUACGGAAGCCUGUUAAGCGAAAGCUUCUAUUCCGUCCACAACCAUUCGAACCACUUGAACAUUGUACCUACUUUGCAGCGAAAAUACGGUGUGCAGGCUACAUGGUUUCGGGGCGGGUUCUGGGGGUUUUUAUGUUUAGUGUUGGAUUUUUGUGUGGAUAUUAUUUUCAUAUUCUUCACCUAAAGUACCUUCGUAAAAAGCAAAACUUCUUCCAGAACCGUCUCAAAGACGUUGAAAACAAACUCAAGAAUUACUAAGUAUCCAACCUUUCAACUAGCUUAAAACAAUUGACUAUUACUCAUCUGCUGAUGUCCUCUCAAGUUAAAGAAGAUUUAUAUGGUGUAUCAUGGUCUAACCCAGCAUGGAGUCACUUCCUUUGUUCAGCAAACGUUCUCGACUAUUUUUGUGACCUUUCCAAUCCCUUUUAUGAUAGGCAGUGUAACAAUGAGGUUAUUCGUAUGCAAAGACUCCAUCCUGAGCAACUGUUGUGCAUGACAGGUGUUGAGUUUUAUCUUCAUCACGCUCAAGAACCCAUACUGUUCAUAAUACGAAAGCAGCAACGUUUAUCUCCAACUCAAGUCACUCCAUUGGCUUAUUACUAUGUGAUUAAUGGGACAGUACUUCAAGCGCCAGAUCUUUCUACUCUCCUGAACUCUCGUUUGUUGACAGCGAUUGUAGGGUUGAAGAAAGUAAUCCAGACAUUAGGUCCUUGUGCUCGAUAUCAUCCUUCAGACGGUUCCUAUUCAUGGGAUGACCCUAAUGUUUUGCUUGGAUAUAAUAAAGAACCAGAUCAAACUUACACAAAAUCUCAGUCUACCUCAAAUACUGAAAGAGAUCUAUAUAAAAGUGCAAAUUUAUUUCAAGUUCAAAGAACAGAUACCCUACUUGCUGAUUGGAUGAAUCGUUUUCCUGUCCCAUCGGCAAGUUUUAUUCAAAAUCUGACCAACUCAGGACAAACGUCAUCUGUACCGACAGUUACUUCUGCAGUUAACGCGAGUGGAGUCGUUUCUUUUACAUCAGCUCAAACUGCAUCUUCUGGGAAAGAAGAAAAUCUUCAGAACAGCUGCAAUUCUCCAGCUAAGUUACCUACACGGCUGCCUACAUUACCCGGUGUUUCUGUUGUCCCAGGACCAUCACCAAGCACUUCAACGCAGCCAUCACUGCUUGUAGACCGAAAACCUCGUGUUUAGCAUAUUUUUAGUUUCUUCAAUUGAUACUGUUAAAAGCUGUACAAAAAUAUGGUUUGGUAUAGCACCAUUUUAUAUUUCGAUAAGUUUAUUUAGCGAUCCAAUCAUGAUGUCAUCUUUACUUAGUGAUGUAUUUGUAAAAUUAUUACUCUUCUUUUAUAUGUAAAUACAAAUUUUUCCUACUAAAAA